AUGUUCGCAAGUCUGUUGGAGAUGCCAAAUACCAAGGCAAAAGUAUCCAAAGGAUGGUGGAUAACUUGUAUAAUAUAUGAAAAUUUUUACCAAUGCUAUGUGUCGUAUUCAUCUGAAGCCCGUAGCAAAAUACAAUCAAGGAAUACGAAAGGCACCGAGUGUCUUUCGACCUAUAAAAACUAUGCCCUUUCUAACAAUUUUACAUGUAAGAUUAAGGACAGAAAAUUUGCCAUCUUUCAUCCUGCCUGUUCAAAAACCGAUGUCUGCUGUAGCAAGCCUUCUUCUCAUCAAGAAAGAAUAUUUCUUCUUACUAUUGAGGAUGGCACAAUUUCAGAAACAAUAUUGGAAAACCUGGCCAAGUCUUGUGACACUCAGAAGGGAACAAAUGAUAAAGUGGCAGUAGUUAGAAAGAUGGCUCCUUGUUUUCCCGAGGUGUUUAUUGUGAAUUCUACGUACAAAACAAACUGCAUAAAGACGACAUUGAUUUGUGUAGAGGGUGCCAGAAACCUCUGUGGAGAAAAGUUAUGUCUGGCUUUAAUAGCCGCUGAAAGCAAAUGCGUUGGAGAAUAUUGA